AUGAUUUACCUCUGUACACCACGGGUGCACGGAGACGUUCUCAAGCCGUCUGGAUUGAAUGGCUUGAGACCCCCUCACCAAUUGAGUCAAAAACGACCUGGAGGCGUCUUGACGUUUUCGCCUGGAGGUCGACUUGGAGGCGACUGGCUAAGCGCCCCGGACGUUUUCAAGUCGAACUGA